GUUAUAUGUAUAUAUACUGACUACAUUGAGGUUUUUUUAUGAACAGAGAAUGCUUUUGAUUGUCAUUACAUCAAUGCAGUUUUUUAUAUGGUUUCAACCUGUGACCUUUUAUUUUAUAAUUCAGCCGGUUAACUGGUAGCACAAAGGUGUUAACCGGAAAUACAGUUCUUCAUUCUAUCCGCAUUUUCUUUUUUAUUGUUAUCUUUUUUUCUUUCUUUUAAUAAAAUUCCAGUAGAAAACAACAACAAACAAUGACAGAAUUAUACAAGGCUGCAUUCGCUUAUGAAACAGACAAAGAAGACGAGUUAUCUCUUAAAGUAGGAGAGACCGUGCGUAUUUCUAACAAAGAUAGUCCUGACUGGUGGUUGGCAGAAAGAAUUGAUAAUAAUAAGGAGUUUGGCCUGGUGCCAAGCAAUUUUCUCGAAAAGAUACCAGUGAAAGAAGGAAUUAUAUUAGCUAUUGUGACCAAAGAUUACUUGGCACAAUCGCCGGAAGAAUUAUCUCUACAAAAGAAUAGAAUCGUGACUAUUUUGGAAAAAGAUGUUGGUGAAGGAUGGUGGAAAGGUGACUUGAAUGGGAAAACGGGCCUUUUCCCGGCCGACCACGUGGAGUUGGUAGAAGAAGGUGAACACCCCGAGGAUAAUGACUCAAAGUCCAAAAAAGAUGCAUUUAAACUAGCUGCUUAUGGUGUCAAACAAGGUGGUAUAGGUAGUAUCUUGGCUGGUGGAUUUUCUUUAAAGAGAUCUUCUACGUCCGCACGAAGCUCAAUGAAUGAAAGACCCACCUCAACAAAUUCUACAUCACACCCUGAAACAUCUGCUCCCUCAAUUCCAAAUAAACCUCAUCCCACCAUUGCAAAACCCGUGGAGCAAGUAGCUGCGCCCACUAAGAAAGGUACAAUGUCAUCUAGAGCUAUGGUUCUUCAUGAUUAUGCACCUGAGAGCGAAGAUGAAAUAAAGCUUAUGAGAGGAGAAUACGUUACAGUUAUAGAUCAGCUAGAGAAUGACGGAUGGUGGAAAGGUACGAGUGAAAGCGGAGAAACUGGCGUAUUCCCUUCAAACUUUGUUCAGAUUUUGGAAGAGGAUAAACCCCCACAAAGACCUGUUCGUGCUAGACCUGCAACUGUAAAGACCGAGGCGCCUGUAGUAGCAGCACCACCGGAGAGUAUGGCCCGACCUCCUCCCGUACCUGUAACCACACGUCCUACAUCUUUAUUGUCUCAAAGGGAAGGAUCCUCCCUUGGGUCCCCUCCUCCACGCCCUACUACGACACCGCCUCGUCCAAUUACAUCACCUCCUGUUCCCUCUACUCGACGUACUAAUUCGAUUGUAUCUCCACCACCUAUUGAAAUAGGUCACCGACGCAUUCCAUCUAUCCCGCUCACUUCUCCUGAUUUACCGCCCAUGUCACCCGGUUUCGAAAGACCUACGCGUCCUAUCCCUAGACCAACAUCUACUAUUUCAUCCGAUUUGUAUGGGGCUAGAAGUCCUGAGGCACAUCAAAAUGCACUAAACCAUAUGGCUAAACCACCAAAGAUGAACUUUGGGGCCAAGGCGCCUCACGCAGUUCCCCCAUCUCCAUCCACUAGUCGACCCGUUUCGACCAACGAUGAAGUGAUUCCUCCCGUCCCUAAAAGAUCCAUGCCUCCACUUCCUGAAAAGACCAUCCUACCAAACAAUUUUGAUCAAAGUCAGGUACCUGAGAAAAAAACUCCCCCACAUCGUAAUAUCGCACUUCCAUCUACGCCAGAUCCAUUGGAUAUGAAGAUUAGACAACUCAUAAAGGUAGAGACAGAUAAAAUCCGUCAAGAAUUCGAAAACAAGUUAGAACAGGAACGUAUGGAACGUCAGCGUAUUCAGGAUGAGCUUGACGAAUUGAAAGCAAGUUUGGUUUAAAUCUGCUGUCUCAUCAACUGCCAAUUAUAAAAAUAAAUAAAAUAUAUAUGAUGUCAGAUCGA